AUGGCCAGCCCUCCCGUUACCCCGUUUAUACCCCCACUCGGAACUCCCAGUCCUGGCCCUGCCAGUGCUCCCCAGCCCCCCCAAGUUCCACCAGCGCCUACAGGGCCAAACCCCGCUUAUCCGCCGUGGGCAGCUCAUCCCCAGUCUGCUGGCAACUAUCCUGUUUUCGGCGCACCUCAACAACCUAUAAUCUAUCCCAACACUCCCUACAGUGCCGCACAGGGUACACCCUUUAUUCCCGCUUCUGUCAUCAAUACGCCUGCUGCACAAGGUGCUGCGCAAUAUUUUCCCACAACUGGGCCGCCUGGAGUUGCCCGACCGUUACCUCCCGAGUACCCGCCUUUCAUGCCGCCAAUGAUGCAACAUCAAUCACCUUUCGUACCACCACCAAAUAUGACGCCUUGGGGAGCCCCUGGUACACCCUGGGCCCAUGGUAAUCCUUAUGCAUCACCCUACCCACCCGCUGGAGCAGCUGCGAUGCCUCCUCCAACAAUGGGUGGGCCAUUUGCCCGCCCAAUGGCUUUUGGCGGGGCUGGAGCCGGCGCGCCAUUUACGCCUGCCGCUCCGAUGGGUCAUGAUCCAUGGGCAGCCCCAGCAGCCCCUCCUCCUUGGGCUCAGCAACAAAUGCAUAACAUGGGAAUGGGAAUGGGAAUGGGAAUGGGAAUGGGAGGCAUGCCCGGUGGUUUUGGACAGGGCCUUGGAUUUGGCUAUGGCAUCCCAAUGCAGCCAUCGAUUGCAGAGCCUCCCGCCCGCGCAAUGGGACAAGGCGGAGACAGAGUCGGUGAAUUUAUGGAAGGCCCGCAUUACGGCCCGGUGUUGGAGCCAUUCCUCGUGAAAGCAGUCCACGCUCACGUGAGACUUAACCCCCUUCUCGCUCCCGCCGACACGUCCUCCACCACCUUGCCGUAUCUCAAAUGGAACAUGCUCUUCGCGGCCAAUCAGUGCACCCGCUCUGAUGACCCGCCCCAUAUCUCGUGGUCCAAGGGUCGCGGCGAGCCAGCGACAUUCCCUCGCGUAACUUUCCUCCGCCUUGUCUCCACUACAUUUCCGUGGCCGAUUAACGUGUCUGCGCGAAAUCGUGAUCUCGGUGUGUCCUGUGGGGACGUCAUUGAUGCCGUUAGCCAGAGUAUGUAUGGCCUUACCGGAGAGGACGAGUUCCGAAUGCUCCCUUCUGGCCAAAAGAGCCUCGUUGCCGAGGCCUACCGCCACAAUCGCUCACGUGCCAACGGCGUGCCAGGCGGGGGGCUCAAUCCCGGCAUGCUCCGUCUCGACUGGCUUGGGCAGGACACCAUGUUUGGCGGCGUGAGGGAAAACGACCGUCUGGCUCGUGUCAGAUGCGGCGGGGAGCUGCUUCCUUGCAGCUUCGAGCUUGUGUGUGUCAAACGAUACUUGAUGACUGCCGAGGAGGUCAGAGCGCAGGAAGCUUUGCAGCGUAAUUUGGAUGCGGCGAGAGAGCGGGAUCGCGCCGCCAGGAGAAGAUCGCAGCGGGCAACAGUCGAGAGUGUGACUGAUGAAGACGAUAGGAGAUCGACUGGCAGCGCAAGUAGUGACGAGGAAGAAGAUGAACCGAGAGGACGAUCUAGGGCAAGUCGGAGGUCAAACAGAGGAUAA